AGAGAAUAGAACAGUUGUUUUGUUGGUAUUUUUGUAUACCUGCUGUGUAACUCAAUAAAACAGUAAAUAUAGCAGUUAUCUGGCGAAUGUACAUAAUAAUUCGACUGCAUUUAUGUAACGUGUCGAUUAGGGGUUGUUUUGAAUUGGAGCGCAUUAAUUUCUAUGAACUCGAAAAGCGAAACUGACGAAGCUUCAAGGGGGAGCGAAGCGUCAUCGUCAAAAAAUCCAGCCCCAAAUAGAAGUGAGGAGGAGCCUUCGACAAGUUUAUGCUCUGGUGCAGUAACCAACCGUACUGAAGACAUUAUGAAGCGUGCUGCCGCUAGACAGCUGAUCGAGAGGUAUUUCUACCAGCUAUUAGAUGGCUGCGGCAAUCCAAACUGUGACAACCAGUACUGUGCAUCAAGUGGAGAGGCUAGAAACUUAUCACCAAAUGAGGCAGCUGCAGAAGCCAUAAAACUGUUCUACAAAGAGGCUCGCCUUUGUGACACAUUGCCUAACAAAGUUCCUCGCACUGAGGCAAGUGGCUGUGACUCUAGUGCUAGCACAACAUGUAACACUUCAAAAAAUAAGGAUGAUAACAAGGUGAAACAGGCCAAGCCCUCUACCAAUGUGAGGGAGAGUACAUCCAAGGAAGAAGAACCACAAACUAGUCAUAAUUUAUCUCACCAAGAAGAAUCCAAAAUUCGUAGUCAUAACAAUGGUGUCCCAUUAACGGAGGAGCGUAUGUAUGAGCUGUGUGAGGAGUGUCUCCAGAAUAAAGUUCGGGAGCCUCUGAUCAGGGCUCUUGGAGAGGCGUUCACACAACCAGCCAUACUCGCGAGGUGUUUUGCCAGCAAGACGGUCACGAAUAGCGAUGAGGAAGUUAAAAUGAAUGAAGAUAAAGAAUCAAAAGCAAUGUGUUUAUCAAGUGAUCCAGAUAAAGAUGUGGAUAGCGUGGCGGGGCCAGAGCUGGACGUGGCCUCAUGUCGUAGAGCGUUUCAAUACCUUGCCAAAGUGCCAUCUGAAUACUAUAGCUCAGCACUAGUGACGUCACUGAAGACGUUAGCCGACAACAUGUGUAUAGACCUGCGGAUAACCAAGAAAAUGAGCAUAGAAGAUGUAGUCAAUUGCUUUGUUAUCGCCUUCGAAGUUCCAGAUCUUGGCUGCAGUGACUACCUCGAGAUAGCACUGCCAGCACUGUGCCAGGCUGCAGAGCAUUUACCUCUUAAAGGUAAGGCGCGUCUAGCACGUAUUUGGGCCCAGGACUGCAAGGACAGCUUGCGCCAUAUUUUGGAAACUCUGCAGCAGCUCAUCACGCUCAGGGUCAUAUCCACCAACUACACGAGGCAGUUCCAACUGCAGGAUGAUGAGGUUGUCACCAUGGCAACUAAGUUUAUGAAGAUUGUAUACUACGCAAACAUGUUAGCCGGUUCGAUGGAGUCAAAUAGUCUUAGAGAGGAGCCUAUAGUCAUCGCAAGUCAACAAGACCCCUUCGAGAAUGUUCUAGACUUGUACCCACCGAGUUCCAUGAAGGCCUCGAAACAAUCGCAGCCGGAUGACCCCCUAGCCAUUGAAUUAGAUGUAAAUGUAUUAGACGCUAGAAAGCCAUACUUGCCAUUUGAGGAAUUCUACAACGAACCUCUUAGUGAUACUAUUGAAAUGGACAUAGAUUUCGGUAAUUAUAAGACGGAAAUAAAUAAAGGUAAAAAAUUCGCGUUCCUAAGGUAUCCGUUUAUAUUGACGGUAGCCACUAAAUCUCUUGGCCUUUACUAUGAGAAUCGAAUUCGAAUGUAUUCGGAACGUCGAGUUUCUUUACUGCACGCCGUAGUAGGGGCCGCACCACCCAUGCCUUUCCUUAGGCUCAAAGUGCGACGUACUCAUAUCAUCGACGAUGCUUUAGUUGGCUUGGAAAUGGUAGCAAUGGAGCGAGCUUUGGAUCUAAAAAAACAAUUGGUGGUGGAGUUCGAAGGUGAACAAGGCGUGGAUGAGGGUGGAGUGUCUAAAGAGUUUUUCCAGUUAAUUGUUGAAGAAAUCUUCAACCCUGACUACGGCAUGUUCACUCACCGCCCCGACUCGCAAACUGUGUGGUUCAACAUGACGUCAUUUGAAACCGAAGCUCAGUUCACGUUAAUCGGCAUAGUACUUGGUUUAGCGAUCUACAAUAAUGUUAUAUUGGCAGUCAACUUCCCUAUGGUUGUGUAUAGGAAACUCAUGGGCAAGAAGGGAUCUUUUGAAGAUUUGGCUGACUGGAAUCCUACACUCUACAAUGGUUUGAAAGACAUGCUUGAUUACACCGGCGACGAUUUAGAAGAAGUUUACUAUCAAACAUUUAGGAUUUGGUACACAGAUGUAUUUGGCAAUGCCAUUUUCCACGAUCUUAAAGAAGAUGGAGACAAUAUAUUUGUUACUCAGGAAAAUAAAAGGGAGUUUGUGGAAAUGUAUGCGGAUUUCUUGUUAAAUGAGUCUGUAGAGACGCAGUUCAGGGCGUUCAGGCGGGGUUUCCUAAUGGUCACUGAUGAGAGCCCUUUGGCCGCGCUGUUCCGACCCGAAGAGGUCGAGAUGCUUGUCUGUGGUAGCAAGAACUUAGACUUCAGUGAGCUGGAGAAAUCGACAGAGUACGAUGGCGGGUACACGGCAGAGUCACAAACAAUAAAGGACUUCUGGAGUGUAGUCCACAGUCUACCAUUAGACGAUAAACGAAAACUGUUGGAGUUCACAACUGGGUCGGAUCGCGUGCCAGUGGGGGGGCUUAGCCACCUUAAACUCGUCAUCGCCAGGAAUGGACCAGACUGCGACCGUCUCCCCACCGCCCACACGUGUUUCAAUGUCCUCCUACUCCCAGAAUACGAAACUAAGGACAAAUUACAAGACAGACUGAUGAAAGCUAUAAGUUACUCCAAAGGCUUCGGAUUGCUUUAAUACCUUUGAACAAACCAGAG